CAGCCUCGGCGCCCUGCUGCUUGGUGUGCCGGACUCUGGACCGAGCGGCCAUGGGGUGGCGGGCGGCUGGGUCACUGAGGGCCAGGUAGCAGUAGGGCGGCAGGGACCGCUGGCUCGGCCCAGCAUGUAGACGUCCACGCGGGUGCGCGGCAGCCGACGGCAUCAGUGUUUCUCUCAUAUCAACUAUGGAAAUGGAACCAGGAAAGAUGAAUGUGAGUAAGGAAUUGAGCCCUGAUUCAGCCUCAUACCACUGCUCAGCGUGUCAUGGGGAUGAGACCUGGAGCUACAAUCAUCCCAUCAGGGGCCGGGCCAAGUCUCGGAGCUUAUCAGCUUCACCUGCCCUGGGCAGCACCAAGGAGUUCAGGAGGACCCGCUCUCUCCAUGGACCGUGCCCAGUGACCACAUUUGGACCAAAGGCCUGCGUGCUACAGAACCCCCAGACCAUCAUGCACAUCCAGGACCCUGCAAGCCAGCGGCUGACAUGGAACAAGUCUCCCAAGAGUGUGCUUGUCAUCAAAAAGAUCCGAGAUGCCAGCCUGCUGCAGCCCUUCAAAGAGCUCUGCAUAUACCUCAUGGAGGAGAACAACAUGAUCGUGUAUGUGGAAAAGAAAGUGCUGGAAGACCCUGCUAUAGUGAGUGAUGAAAACUUUGGACCAGUGAAGAAGAAGUUCUGCACUUUCCGUGAAGAUUAUGAUGACAUUUCCAACCAGAUAGACUUCAUCAUAUGUCUUGGAGGAGAUGGUACCCUGCUCUAUGCCUCCUCACUUUUCCAGGGCAGUGUGCCUCCUGUCAUGGCCUUCCACCUUGGCUCCCUGGGCUUUCUGACCCCGUUCAACUUUGAGAACUUCCAAUCCCAAGUGAAUCAGGUGAUAGAGGGGAAUGCUGCUGUUAUCCUGAGGAGCCGGCUGAAGGUCAGGGUGGUGAAAGAGCUCAGAGACAAGAAGAUAGCCAUCCAUAAUGGCCUCAGUGAGAACGGCCUGGACACAGAGGGCGGAAAGCAGGCCAUGCAGUACCAGGUCUUGAAUGAAGUGGUGAUAGACAGAGGCCCCUCCUCAUACCUGUCGAAUGUAGAUGUCUACCUGGAUGGACACCUUAUCACCACUGUGCAGGGCGAUGGAGUGAUCGUGUCUACCCCGACGGGCAGCACAGCAUAUGCAGCUGCAGCCGGGGCUUCCAUGGUCCACCCCAACGUGCCGGCCAUCAUGGUUACACCCAUCUGCCCCCACUCGCUGUCAUUCCGGCCCAUCGUGGUCCCUGCAGGGGUCGAGCUGAAGAUUAUGCUGUCACCAGAAGCCAGGAACACUGCAUGGGUGUCUUUUGAUGGACGGAAGAGGCAGGAAAUACGCCAUGGAGACAGCAUCAGCAUUACCACCUCCUGCUACCCGCUGCCCUCUAUCUGUGUGUCUGACCCUGUGAGUGACUGGUUUGAGAGCCUUGCCCAGUGUCUGCACUGGAAUGUUCGAAAGAAGCAAGCUCACUUCCCAGAGGAUGAGGAUGAGGACCAGGAUGAGGAGGACAGCUAGACCUCAUUUCCCAGCCUCCAGCCUGAGCCCUCCAGCCCUUGGGGGCCUUCCUUCUCUUGCUCUCCUGCUGGCCUUCUGGCUGACCUGGCCUUGACAAACCACAUGGCUAUCCAGGCAUCUGUGCCUGCCUGCCUUGCUGGGAGAGCUUGGGUCUGCCUUUUGAAGAACAGAUCAGCUUUUUAAUGUUUUUAAACCUCUUUUUCAUUUCUAAAGAAGCAAAAUGAGAACUGGGCUGGGUGUCCUACAUCUCUCCCAUGGGCCCCCUGAGAUCCCAGUCAGGAAUUCCCAUAAAUCAGUCUGUUGAAAUUCCGAGGGGGUCAGAAUGAAUUGAUCUUCCCUUUGAUACUGAAAUAAAUGUCUCAGCCAGAACUCCUCCAUUAGCUGCAGUGCUUCUCCCCAGGUCCUGUACCUCCCCCUGCAACUCUCGGGGUCACCUGGCAGCCUUGCUAGGGGUUGGCAAGGCAUGUGAUGGCCAGGUGUCUCUGACUCCUUCCAGAGCAGACAGAGGCAACACCUUGCACAGCCAUCAAGCAGCAUCACAUUCCUCAUGUAGCAGGGCAGCAGCUCCUGAGACAUUUUAAGUCCUGUGUACACUUUUUAGAGGUUAUUUUAAACUUUCUGAAGUGAUUAUGUACAUAUUUUCUUGUACACGCUUUGUGAAGAUUUAGAGGGACUGCCUGUUGUCCAGUGUUUACAUUGUGUCCAGGACAGGGCUCUGUGUUUCCACUCUUCCCUUUCACAGUGGCCACAAGGGUUUUGAGACCAACUCACUAUUGACAUCAGGCUUGUCAGCCUGCCCUCCUCCUUCCACAAGAGUCUUAGGUUUGCAUCUGAGCAGCAGCCAUUUGGAGCCCUGUGUGCAGCACGUGUGUGUAACCCAACUAACACACGUGGGUGCCACACAGGCCCUGGAGCCUUUGUGGAGUCAGUGGUCAGCCGAGGUGCCUCAGUUAGGAAUCUGCUUUCAGUUUUGUCUUCACCUCUUAUGGCAGCAGUAGGGAGGGAGGACUGCCCAUUCUGGCUUCCAGGGUAAAGUCAGGUUUCUGUCUCAUGCUGCAGAAAAGGGUUUGCCAGCUUCUGUAGAGCUGACCGCGCUGAGCUUUCUUCAACCCGUUAAAGUCAGGACCUACAGGGCCCUUGUUGACGCAACUCAGCAAUAGAGCCCUAAGUUGUCUGGCUUCAGUGCUGUUAGGCUAUGGUAGCUUGUUCCCAAGAUCUGUGCUGUUCAUCUGUGAUUAUGAGCACAGUAGGCUUCUGCUGCGAUCCAGAGGAGAGCAGGGUCUGGAGUGCGGGUCACGCAUCUAAAAAGCCACUGUUGACAAGCCUAGAAACAGCUGCUACCAGACUGAUCUAGAACACAUGGAGUUUUCACGUAAAUUCUUAAUGUUUCAUAUUAAUAUCUUAAAAUUUGUUAAUUGUUAAUGAAGGCCUUAUUACUAUUUUCAGAUUCUUUCAAUAAAUAAACUUGUUUUAAAAAAAA